AUGCGAAACAUAAGUAUGUUCAAUGUAUACUCAACCCUGUUCCGCACCUCGGUGAAACUGCCCAAUGUUCCCAUCAUCGGCGCAAAGGAGGGGGAGUUUUUCCCUCUCCUCAGGGCACGAUGGCGCAACCUGUUCGACAUGGAGCCGGCGCUGCGGGAAGCAUAUCGGUACAAAGACGAGACGUGCAUCCUGGCGGUCGCGGGGUCCAGAGACCAUGUCGUGCUGCCCGUCAAGGAGUACCAGUGGUUCCUCGACAACCCCGACAGCGCCGUCAGCAUCGACGCCUCGGUGGCCGAGUCGCUGCAGGUGAAAUACACCAUCAUCGACAAUGAUCUGUACCACAAACCCGCCCACCACUAUCUGAUCCCCAGGCGGCUGACCAGAGAGGUGGGCAACCUGGUGCCGGACCUGGUCGACGAGAUCCGCGCCAGCAUCGACGACCUCUGGGGGUGGCAGCCCGGCGAGACGCGCGAGGUGUGCAUCUACACGACCAUGCAGCGCGCCAUCGGACGGGUGACCAACAGGAUCUUUGUCGGCCUGCCGCUGUGCCGCGACGAGAGGCUGCUCAAGAACGGCAUCGCCUAUGCCCAGGACGUGCCCCUCAGCUCCAUGCUGCUGCGGCUCCCCUGGGGUCCGCUGCGGCCUCUGCUGGCCCUGGCCUUCACCCUGCCCAACCGCAUCCACACCAACAGGUUCUACGCCCUGCUGCGCGACGAGAUCAGGCGCCGCCUGCGCGAGUACGACGCCCAGCAGAGCAACCCCGACACCGAGAAGAAGGCGGCCGGCUCCGUGCCCAACGACUUCCUGCAGUGGUCCAUCCAGCAGGCCCGAGAGUCGAGCGAUCCCUACCUGGCGCGCGUCGACACCCUGGCCGGGCGCAUCCUCCUCCUCAACUUCGCCGCCAUCCACACCUCGUCCUUCUCCAUCACGGGCGUGCUGCUCGACCUGGCCUGUGCAGGCGCCGCCGACGGACGGCGCUACAUCGACGAGCUCCGCGCCGAGAUCGACGAGGCUCUCGCCGCGCACGACGGCGUCUGGACCAAGCGCAGCCUGGCCGACAUGCCCAAGCUCGACAGCGUCAUGCGCGAGUCGGCCCGCCUCAACUCGUUUGUGCCCCUGGCCUCGCUGCGCGUCGUCGUCGCCCCGGACGGCGUCACCACCCCGUCAGGCGUCCACCUCAGCCCAGGCACCAGCAUCGGCACCCAUGCCUACCCUGUCCUGCACGACGGGUCCAUCUACCCUGACCCGGAGUCCUUUCAGCCCUUCCGCUUCUCCGAGAGGAGGCGUGUCGAGACCGAGGGCGGCUAUGUCGAGAAGGCCAAGCAGGCGUUUGCCACGACGAGCACUGAGUAUGCUGCGUUUGGCCACGGCCGCCAUGCCUGUCCCGGUCGCUUCUUUGCCUCAAGCGAGCUGAAGUUGAUGCUGGCGUAUGUGGUGAUGAAUUAUGAUUUUGAGUUUCAGGAGACGAGGCCUGCUAAUGCCUGGGUUGGCGUGAAUCGGAUUCCUCCUAUGAAGGCCACCGUCCGUGUCAAGAGGAGGACCCAAAAAGUGUCAUGAUUGGAUCACACAUUAGUUUAUAGCACAUGUGUAACUUGAACAAGAGCAAAAGUAUUCAUGUAUACAUUUGGUAUGAAUUUUUAUCUUUUCCUUUUUCUCUCUUUCUCUUUCUCUCUCUGUGCGUGUAUGUGGUUCCAUUCAACAUAACAAAGCAAGACUCGUGACAGACGGAUGGGAAUUCUCACCCCUGAAGAAACAAAUAAAGAGACCAAUUGUCUUGUC